AUGCCUCACGAUGCAUCGUUUACCAGUGAAUGGCCUGCCGCAUUGAACGAGCUGCCGCUGGCCGAUGCGCCGCCGUUGAGGUCACAGAACCGCGGAAAAGGUGCGGAACAUGCAGGCCGACGACCACGUUGCACGUAUGGUAUGAAAACAUCCGAACAAUGUCCAAUCCCCCUUAUCCCCUUCAACCCGGGCUUCUUUCUGCCUUCGGAUGUUGCCUACUGUAUUCGUACGGCUACGGAUACUUCGUAUGCCAACGGUUCUAUUCGUCAUUCGGUCGGCGCUUCUAGCCUCGACACUAUCGCAAUCCGACGUAGACAUCGAAUCUCAACCCUGCCGCUAGUAGCCACCAAAUGCGCAGUGGAUAUUCAUCAGCCACAUCCUCGUCACAAGCUCUCGUAG